AUGUCUUCUGUUCGUCUGUUGGACUUAUUUAAGCCAUUUGAAGCUUUCUUACCGGAAGUUAUUGCUCCAGAGAGAAAAGUACCAUAUAACCAAAAAUUGAUUUGGACAGGUGUCUCUCUACUAAUUUUUUUAAUUUUAGGUCAAAUUCCACUAUAUGGUAUUGUCUCAGCUGAAACAAGUGAUCCAUUAUAUUGGUUAAGAGCUAUGCUAGCUUCAAAUAGAGGUACCUUAAUGGAAUUAGGUGUCUCUCCAAUUAUUACUUCCUCAAUGAUUUUCCAAUUCUUACAAGGUACUCAAUUGAUUUCAAUUGAUCCAAAAAAUAAACAAGAUCGUGAAUUAUUUUUAAUUGCACAAAAAGUUUGUUCAAUUGUCUUGACUUUUGGUCAAGCUUUAGUCGUUGUAUUAACCGGUAACUAUGGUAAACCAAGUGAUUUAGGGAUUGCUAUCUCUUUAAUUCUUGUCUUCCAAUUAAUGUUCGCUUCCUUCAUCGUCUUAUUAUUAGAUGAAUUAUUAACUAAAGGUUAUGGUUUAGGUUCUGGUAUUUCUUUAUUUACUGCUACUAAUAUCGCUGAACAAAUCUUUUGGAAAGCUUUUGCUCCAACUACUGUUAAUACCGGUCGUGGUAAUGAAUUCGAAGGUGCUGUUGUUGCAUUCUUCCAUUUAAUCUUCGUUAGAAAAGACAAAAAGAGAGCCCUUGUUGAAGCCUUUUAUAGAACUCCUCUACCAAACAUGUUCCAAGUCUUUGCAACAGUUGUUGUAUUUUUAUUUGUCUUAUAUUUACAAGGUUUUAAUUAUGAAUUACCUGUUAGAUCAACAAAAAUUAGAGGUCAAGUUGGUUCUUUCCCAAUUAAAUUGUUUUAUACUUCAAAUACUCCAAUUAUGUUACAAUCUGCUUUAACUUCAAACGUUUUCUUAAUUUCUCAAAUGUUAUAUCAAAAAUUUCCAAAUAAUGCAAUUAUUCGUUUAAUUGGUGUUUGGGGUAAUAAACCAGGUUCUCAAGGUAUGUCAGCUUUAUCAGGUCUAGCUUAUUAUAUUCAACCAAUUGUUUCAUUAAAAGAAUUUUUCUUAGACCCUAUUAAAUCUGUUAUUUAUAUUACUUUUGUCUUAGGUACUUGUGCUUUAUUCUCAAAGACUUGGAUUGAAAUUUCUGGUACUUCUCCACGUGAUGUCGCUAGACAAUUUAAAGAUCAAGGUAUGGUUAUUAAUGGUAAGAGAGAAUCAAACGUUUAUAGAGAAUUGAAAAAAAUUAUUCCAACCGCUGCUGCUUUUGGUGGUGCUACUAUUGGUGCUUUAUCUGUUGGUUCUGAUCUUUUAGGAACUUUAGGUUCUGGUGCUUCUAUCUUGAUGGCUACUACUACCAUUUACAGUUAUUAUGAAACUGCUGCUAAAGAAGGUGGUUUUACUAAAGAUUUAGUUCCAGGUUUCUCUGAUCUAAUGUAG